AUGGUAAUAGCCAAGAAAUGGGGGCUUAGAAUUUGUAACCAUCUUCCAGAAGACAAAAACCAUGAAUUCAUUGGGGGUGACAUAACCAUUAAAGAUAUAUUAACAGACAACAAGUUAUUUAAAAAGAGUACAAAACUUCUGAGGAAAUUAAAUCUAAUGUUUUUGAAUCAGCUUGUAACAAUAGAUGGUAAGCAUUUAUUGAGAUGGGACCACUGGCUGGCCAGAAAUAAAACUCAAUCAACUAGGAAAAAACCAAGUUGGUAUGGGAAAAUUGAACAAGUAGUAAUGGAGAAUCCAAUCACUAGAGUCUUACAUGAGAGAUACAUAAUUAAUGAUCCAAAUCUUACGUACCAAAGCAACAGCAAUAAUAAAAAUUCCUUAAUAAUUGCAAAACAUAAAGACAUUAUAACAUAUGGUAAAUAUCACAGUAACAGUAAUAACAGUAACAAAAACCAAAUAAACAAUGGGGAAAUUAAUUUAAUACAUUACCAAACAUCCUGCCAAAUAUCACCCACCACAUCUCCAACAAUGGCAGACUGGGAAUCACCUCACAUGCUUAAAUGCACAGGAUGCAAAGGCAAUAGUAACAAUAAUCAAGAAUGCAUAAUUAGGAUUAAAAGCAAGGAAUCAAUAAAAAUUCCUUACAGCAAGGGCAGGGAUGGGGAUUUAAAGCUCAGAAUCACUACAGGAGAACUGGGAAAAAUAAACCCUAUCAAUCCUUUUGAGAGUAUUUCAUCAUAA